AUGUCCUUUGCGCAGCGCAGCUACAAGCCGGUGCCGUUUGUGAUGAGCAGCAGCGGGUACGGCGUGUGGGUGCAGUCCUAUGCCAACGGCUCCUUCAGCCUCGGUGCCCCCGACGAGCCUGACAUGCUGGCCAUCCGCUACAGGGAGCAGCAGCUGCGCGUGGUGUUCAUCGCGGGCCCCUCGCUGCUCGCUGUGCUCUCCGAGUUCACCCGCCUCUCCGCGCGCCCCUCCAUGCCGCCCGACUGGGCCUUUGCGCCCUGGAAGGGCCGAGACGUGCAUUUCAAUUGCUCGCAGCGCUGGUGGACGCCAUGCGUGUGCUCUGCUGCUCUCCCCACUGCUGCCGCCUGCUGUGCCGUGCAAGCACUGCACCCACCGCCGCCACUUCUCCCUGCGUGCCAACACCUGCAGGUGGUGGAAGAUGCGGAGAAGCUGCGGCAGCAGGGCAUACCGGGGUCGGUGAUUCUGAUAGACAGCCCGUGGGAGACAGGCUACAACGACUUCGCCAUCAACCGCCUCCAGUUCCACGACCCGGACGACAUGUUCCUGCGCCUCGAGGAGCUGGGGUUCUACAACAUCUUCUGGGCCACGCCCUUCAUCAACCGCGCCAACCGAGUGGACAUGCCCGGCAUCACCGCAGGGCCCGCAGCCAUCUUCCACGAGGCAGACAGCAAGGGCUUCCUCGUGCAGCAGGAGGGGGGCGGCUCGCAGAUAGUGAAGUGGUGGAAGGGCGAGGGCGGGCGGGUGGACUUCACGAGUGAGGCAGCGGUGGCGUUCUGGCAGGCGGCCAUGAACGCCACGCUGCAGUGGCCCACGGCGCGCGGCUUCAAGUGUGACGACGGCGAGGGCAACUACUUCCAGCCCGGCGCUGCCUUCCACGACGGCUCGCCCCUUUCAGUCAUGAAGACGCGGUACGUGGAGGUGUAUCUGGCAGCCAUGGGGGCGUUCAUAGACAAGUACCUGCAGGGGGACGGGGUGCUCAUGGCCAGGAGUGGCUUCACCGGCACCGGCAAGUCGUUCGUGUGGGCGGGCGACCAGCGCGCCAACUGGAACCGCACGGAGGGCUUCCCGUCGGUCAUCAUGGCGGGGCAGACGGCAGCGCUGUCGGGGUUCUUCCUGUGGGGCAGCGACAUCGCGGGGUACUUUGGCAAGACCAUCGACAAGGAGCUCUUCAUCCGCUGGAGCCAGUUCGGCGCGCUAUCCCCGCUGAUGCACCAGUUCGGGCAGGCCAACAACGGCCCGUGGGACUACGAUGCCGUCACGCUGCGCAUCUACCGCCGCUUCGCCCGCCUGCACAUGGCGCUCUUCCCCUACCUCAAGGCCGCCGCACUCGCCAGCGCCACGCACGGUCUCCCCAUCCUCUGCGCCAUGCCGCUCGCCUUCCAAGGCGACCCUGAGGCUGCCUCCCCGCAGUGGCAGUGGCAGUACAGGUUCGGCCCGGACCUGCUGGUGGCUCCGGUGUACGAGCCUGGGGUGACGCAGGCGACAGUGUACCUGCCUGGGGGCAGUGCGUGGGUGCACUUCUGGGCGCCCAACGGUGUGCUCCUGCAGGGCGGGGCCGCCGUGCAGGUGGCGGUGCCGCUGCAUGAGACGGCGCUGUACGUGCGGGCGGGGGCGCUGAUAGAGAGUAUAGAGGAGGACGUGGACACGCUGGUGCCGCCCUCCGACAAGCUGCACCCCGACGUCAAGACCAUCGGCAGUGUGCGCAUCCUGCAGGUGUGGCCGGGCAUCCCCUCGCAGCCAUCAUCGCUGGCAUCGCUGCUCGCCCCCUUCCACGCCACGCUCACCGCGCGCCCCGUGCCGCAGGCGCACGGGCGGCACCGCGUGGUGCUGCAGCUGCGGGCGAGUGAGCGUGUGGAGCUGUCACUGCGCUUCAUGCACGGGCAGCGCCUGCGGCAGCCCAGUGUGCGGCGCAGCAAGCGCGAGCAGGUGGGCGUGGCGUGUGCGGCGGGCAACUACCUGGGCGUGGAGGGGCUGCACUGUGCUGUCGUGCUGGAGGCGGGGGUCACCGAGGUGGUGUGGGAGUAUGGGGAGUAA